GCUAAUGGCGCCAUCUACAUUUAUCUUAAUGAAACUUAAUAAAUGCUGUAUUAUUUAUUUAUUUUCGUUUACUUCGAAAAAUGCCUUUAAAGAUCCUUUGCUUACACGGAUAUCGUCAAGAUGCUGGAUAUUUUAAAGAGAAGUUUGGUGGAUUCAGGAAAAUAGUAAAAAAUGUCGCCGAAUUGGUAUUUAUAGAUGCACCACAUAUUAUACCCAAUGAUAAUCCUGCAGAAGGUUCUUGCUUACGACCAGGCCGUGGUUGGUGGUUUACGCAAAAAGAGAAAACUUUUGAUCCACGAUUAGAUUCUAAUGUUUGUGUAGGAUUUGAUGAAUCUUUACAGCUUAUUAAAGAAACUUUUGAAGCACAUGGCCAUUUUGAUGGAAUUCUUGGAUUUAGUCAAGGUGCUGCAUUGGCAGCUUUGUUAUGUGCUCUUCAGCAAAAUAAAGAAUUGGAGUAUUCUUUUAACUUUGUGAUUUUAAUUGCCGGUUUCAUAAGUAGAUCAAGUUAUCAUAAAUCUCUUUUCAAAGAAUCAAUUUCUAUAAAUAGUUUACAUGUAAUGGGUGAAACAGAUCAAGUAAUACCAAAAAAUAUUCAAUAAGAGAGAGAUUUGUUGGGGUAUUGUCAUGAGCUGAAUUCUGGUCAUUCUCUCUCAUCUUCAAGUGACAGAUCCUGUUUUUGUGAAUAGGCUUAUCAUUUAUUAGAACUGUUAACGAACAAGAAAAACUUCUGUAUAAUAUUUGUAAACAACAUAAAUAUUAUUUCCAAAUAUAGUAGAAUGCUGAUUAUCUGUGGUAAUAUGGACCUGAAUAAGUGAAAACUUGGAUAAAGUGAACAGCCUUGACCAUUUCAAAUUAAAAAUUACAAAUAUAAAAUAUUUAAUGGUAUCAUUUUUAAGUCUCCUUUUAUGCUUUAGAGAAUGUAAUCAUAUAUAAGAACAUUUUUAUAUUAUUCGUAAUUUUUCGUCCGAUGGUUCUUUUUAUUUUUUACAUUAUUCAUUAAACAGCUAAUACAUAAGUUACAAUAGUUUUAAGAAUAAAUGUAUAUUAUUGGGCUGCAAUUUUCAAACUAGAUCUUUUAGUUUUCCACUAUUCGCCAUCUGUGCUUCCUUAAUCUCAGAAAUGGAGUUAGAGGAAAAUCAAGACCAGAUAUGGAAAGGUUAGGGAUCAGAGGCUCUGGUUAACUAUAUGGGAGUCAAACUUAGUCUGGACCAAAAGUCAUGUGAUUUUUUCAUAUUAAAAAUAUGAUUAAAAAUUGCAACCUGGCAUUGUGAUGAUGUCAUAAUAAGUAAUUGCCCAUUGUAGUUACAUUUUAAUAUGAAGAAUUUGUCUCACAUUAAAGUUAAAUGACAAAAAAAUAAUAAAAAUAAAUUAUUUUGUAACAUAUAUAUAUAAACUGUUGGCCAUUAAAAAUACUACACCAGGAAGGAAAGCAAAUAGCAGAAUUAUAUUUAUUGUACAUAUACAAUAUAAUGUGAAAGACAUGAUUAAAUUGAUACGUAAUUUUGUGGUACAGAGCAUGCAGAAAUUAGUACCCAGUGCAGUGGCCUCUGGCAGCAAUAACAGCUGUAAUCUGGCUGGGCAUUGAGUCAAACAGAAUUUGGAUGGCAGGUACAGGUAAUCCAUGUGGUUACAACUUUAUGCCAGAGUUUGUCUAUUGUACUGGAUGGUGAGUGGUGAUAUGCCAGUUUCUUGGCAACCACUGACCUGACAUUCUCAAUUAGUGACAGAUCUGGAGAAUGUUCUGGCUAGGGCAACAGUCAAACACUUUCUGUAUUCAGAAAAGUCAGGAGAGCAUGAGCAAUAUGCAGUUGUGCAUUGUCCUAUUGAAAGGUAGCGUAACAAAGGCCUUGAAGAUAGCACAUAGUGAUGGGCCUUAACACAUUAGAAAUAUAAUGGCAGCUGUUCAAAUUAUUAGCUAUGAAAACAAGAGAUAACCAGGAUGUGUAUCCAACAGCACCCCACAACAUCAUUCCAGGUGCUGGGCUUACAAGAUGAUGAUGAAUGAAAACUGGCAAUGAUCAUUCCCUUGAUGCCUCCAUACAAGGAUAUGGCUAUCAUGAUGCUGUAAGUAGAACCGGGCUUUGUCUGAAAAGACAUGAUGCCACUCCUCUGUCCAUGUUCAUCAUUGAACACAUCAUUUUAUGUGUGCCUGUCUCUGAUACAGUGCCAAGGGAAACCACAGUAAUGGUCACCAUACUGAUAAUCUGUGGUGCUGCAGACAUCAUUGCACUGUCUGUGCAGACACUUGUUGUUCUGAAAAUGACCAAAGUUCCUGACUCAGGAUACAUGACGUGGCUGUAAAAUCCUGCAAGGCCAUGUGGAAAAAAUGUCUGUUUUCUUGGGCCUUACUGAUCAAUAGCCGCUGAGAUCCUGCACAGUGUUCUGGCCCUCAUGAAUCCAUCGAUUCCAUAUUCUCAUGACAGUCCUGGGAUCACAAUCAACACAAGCAGCAAUAGUGUGGAACAAUAAACUGCAGUCCCUGUAGACUAUGCUUCUGCAUGAUCAAACUCUGACACAUACUGGUAGGCAUUCCUCCUCCUUACACAUGCACUGACGUGUGAAUGCGAUUUCCAUGUGAGAAACUGGCUUUACAAUCUUCCUGUUUAUACAGAUUAUAGAUGGCCUUACUCCUACCUGUUUUCUGAGCAUACAUUGAAAUGCUAAUCAUUUGCAUAUCCCAGCAUGUUGUACCUUUCAUGCAAAUUUUAUAUUUGUAACAUGUUACCUUCAUGGUGUAGCAAUUUUAAUGGCCUACAGCAGGGGUG